AUGGUUAAAUCACCUUCAAGCAGAAUGCAAGGAGGAAAUGGGUUCUUCUAUCCAAUCAUUGGUUUUGCAGCGUGUUUUGCUUUUAUAUACAUGUCUUUUGGGGACCUAUGGAUCGGUUACAACGGAGAACCAACGAUGAGUUUUGUGGAGAGGAAUGGAACUCAGUUCAUAGUGGAUGGUAGGCCUUUUUAUUUUAAUGGAUGGAAUUCUUACUGGAUGAUGGACAAUGCUGUGGAUGAAUCCACCAGACCGAGAAUCAGAGCAAUGCUGCAAGCUGGUGCAAAAAUGGGUCUCACUGUGUGUAGAACCUGGGCUUUCAGUGAUGGUGGAUACAAUGCUCUCCAAAUUUCCCCUGGUAGAUUUGAUGAAAAAGUAUUCAGAGCUUUGGAUCAUGUAAUUGCAGAAGCCAGGCAAAAUGGAAUAAGGCUAAUACUGAGUUUAGUUAACAACUUGCAAGCAUAUGGUGGAAAGACUCAGUACGUUAAGUGGGCAUGGGAAGAGGGUGUUGGUUUAAGUUCUUCUAAUGAUUCAUUCUUCUAUGAUCCAUCAAUUCGGCAUUAUUUCAAAACUUAUGUCAAGACAGUGCUAACAAGGAGGAACACAUACACUGGGAUUCAGUACAGAGAUGACCCAACAAUCUUUGCAUGGGAAUUGAUUAAUGAACCCCGAUGUAUAACUGAUGCUUCUGGUGACACACUCCAAGACUGGAUAGAAGAAAUGUCUACUUUCAUUAAAUUAAUUGACAAUAAACAUCUGCUGACUGUGGGCCUUGAAGGAUUCUAUGGUCCUAAAAAUCCCAAAAGGUCAAAUGUGAAUCCAGAAUUCUGGGCAGCUGAUCUUGGAUCUGAUUUCAUUCGCAACUCAAAGAUCUCAACUGUUGAUUUUGCAUCAGUUCAUAUAUACCCUGAUCAUUGGUCUCAUAAUCAAGAUUUUGGAUACCAACUAAAAUUUGUCUCCAAGUGGAUGCUUUCGCACAUUGAAGAUGGCGACAAAGAACUGAAAAAGCCUGUAAUGUUCACUGAAUUUGGAUUGUCGACCGAGAACAAAGGAUUUGACCCUUCUCAACGAGACAAAUUCUAUGAAGAUAUUCUCAAUAUAAUAUACAAGUCAGCAAAACGAAAGAAAUCUGGUGCUGGAACUUUAGUCUGGCAGUUCUGGGUUGAAGGGAUGGAAGAGUUCAACGAUGAUUUUGGGAUUGUUCCAUGGAAGAGACCAUCAACAUAUAAACUGUUUACGGAACAGUCUUGUCGGCUGGCAAGAAUUCAAGGAAUUUUUCCUUCACAAAAGGAGCAUUUGAAGAAAUUGUGCAGCCAAAGAUGGUAA